AGACUACAGCCAGAUGUGAAACUGAAGCAGCAAGAGGAAACACAAGAGCAUAGGAAGUGAGAAGGCAACCAAGAACAAAUUGAUAUCAGGGGAGUGCACAUGUCUUGCCGGAUGCCUGCUUUCUUCCUCUUGGAACUCCUUUCUUUUAUUGUUUGGAGCACAGAGGGGCUGCUGAAAUGGAGAGUCUCAAGACUGAUACUGAAAUGCCGUAUCCUGAGGUAAUAGUAGAUGUGGGCAGAGUGAUUUUUGGAGAAGAAAACAGGAAGAAGAUGACCAACAGCUGUUUGAAAAGAUCUGAGAAUUCUAGAAUUAUCCGGGCUAUAUGUGCACUGUUAAAUUCUGGAGGUGGUGUGAUCAAAGCAGAGAUUGAUGAUAAAACCUAUAGUUACCAAUGCCAUGGGCUGGGACAGGAUUUGGAAACUUCUUUUCAAAAGCUCCUUCCUUCAGGUUCACAGAAAUACCUUGACUACAUGCAGCAGGGGCACAAUCUCCUGAUUUUUGUGAAGUCAUGGAGCCCAGAUGUUUUCAGCCUUCCACUAAGGAUUUGCAGCUUGCGCUCCAAUUUGUAUCGGAGAGAUGUGACUUCUGCUAUCAACUUGAGUGCUAGCAGUGCCCUGGAGCUUCUCAGAGAGAAGGGGUUUAGAGCCCAAAGAGGAAGACCAAGGGUGAAGAAGUUGCAUCCUCAGCAGGUUCUCAAUAGAUACAUUCAGGAAGAGGAAGAUAUGAGGAUAUUGGCCUCAGAAUUUUUUAAAAAGGACAAACUCAUGUAUAAGGAGAAACUCAACUUUACUGAGUCAACACAUGUCGAAUUUAAAAGGUUCACCACCAAAAAAGUCAUACCUCGGAUUAAGGAAAUGCUGCCUCAUUAUGUUUCUGCAUUUGCCAACACUCAAGGGGGAUAUGUCCUCAUUGGGGUGGAUGAUAAGAGCAAAGAAGUGGUUGGAUGUAAGUGGGAAAAAGUGAAUCCUGACUUAUUAAAAAAAGAAAUCGAAAACUGCAUAGAAAAAUUGCCUACAUUCCACUUCUGCUGUGAGAAGCCAAAGGUAAAUUUCACUACAAAAAUCCUGAACGUGUACCAAAAAGAUGUCCUGGAUGGUUAUGUCUGUGUGAUUCAAGUGGAGCCCUUCUGUUGCGUGGUGUUUGCAGAGGCCCCAGAUUCCUGGAUCAUGAAAGACAAUUCUGUCACACGGCUGACAGCUGAGCAGUGGGUGGUCAUGAUGCUGGAUACUCAGUCAGCUCCUUCCAGUUUGGUCACAGACUACAACUCUUGCCUGAUUUCAUCAGCUUCAUCUGCACGAAAAAGUCCCGGAUAUCCCGUAAAAGUCCACGAAUUUAAGGAGGCUCUGCAACGACAUUUGUUUCCAGUGACACAGGAAGAGGUACAAUUUAAACCAGAAUCCCUCUGUAAGAAGCUGUUCUCAGAUCAUAAAGAACUGGAGGGUUUAAUGAAGACCCUGAUACAUCCUUGUUCUCAGGGGAUUGUGAUAUUUUCUAGAAGCUGGGCUGGUGAUGUUGGCUUCAGGAAAGAACAGAAUGUCCUGUGUGAUGCUCUCCUGAUAGCAGUUAACAGCCCUGUGGUACUCUAUACAAUCUUAAUAGACCCCGAUUGGCCUGGAGGACUUGAAUAUGCCCGAAACACAGCUCAUCAGUUAAAGCAGAAACUGCAAACUGUUGGUGGUUACACAGGGAAAGUGUGCAUCAUUCCAAGGCUGAUACACCUGAGCAGCACACAGAGUAGACCUGGUGAGAUCCCCCUGCAUUACCCCAGGUCCUACAGGCUUGCAGAUGAGGAGGAAAUGGAAGACUUGCUGCAGGCUCUGGUGGUGGUCUCCCUGUCCUCCAGAUCUCUUCUGAGUGACCAGAUGGGCUGUGAAUUUUUCAACUUGCUCAUAAUGGAGCAGAGCCAGUUGCUUUCUGAGAGUCUUCAGAAGACGCGUGAAUUAUUCAUCUACUGCUUUCCAGGAGUCAGGAAGACAGCCCUAGCCAUAAAGAUCAUGGAGAAAAUUAAGGACUUGUUUCACUGCAAACCAAAAGAGAUCCUCUAUGUUUGUGAAAGCGACUCCCUAAAGGAUUUUGUGACCCAACAAACCACCUGCCAAGCUGUGACCCGGAAAACUUUCAUGCAAGGGGAGUUUCUAAAGAUUAAACACAUAGUGAUGGAUGAGACUGAGAAUUUCUGCAGCAAAUAUGGCAAUUGGUACAUGAAGGCUAAGAACAUCACCCAUCCAAAGGCGAAGGGGACUGGAAGUGAAAACCUUCACCAUGGGAUUCUCUGGCUUUUUCUUGACCCUUUUCAAAUCCAUCACGCAGAUGUCAAUGGCCUUCCCCCUCCAUCUGCUCAGUUUCCUCGAAAAACAAUCACCAGUGGGAUCCACUGUGCUCUGGAAAUAGCGAAGGUUAUGAAAGAAGAAAUGAAGAGGAUCAAAGAAAAUCCUCCCUCCAACAUGUCUCCAGACACAUUAGCAUUGUUCAGCGAGACUGCCUAUGAGGAAGCAACGUGUGCCCAGGCUCUGCCUGGGGUGUGUGAGACAAAGACUAAUCUGACAACAGAACAAAUAGCUAACUAUGUGGCAAGAAAAUGUCACAGCCUGUUCCAGUGUGGCUAUCUGCCCAAAGAUAUAGCAAUUCUGUGCAGGAGAGGGGAGGACAGAGGACGCUAUAGGCUUGCACUACUCAAAGCAAUGGAAUUAAUUGAGACCCACAGACCAUCAGAGGUUGUGUUUAGCCCGGCCACCGGUGUUUGGGGAAGUCACAUUGUUUUAGACAGUAUUCAGCAAUUUUCAGGCCUGGAGAGGACUGUUGUGUUUGGGCUUAGUCCAGAAUGUGACCAGUCAGAGGAAUUUCAUAAGCUCUGCUUUGCUUCAAGAGCCAUUAAACACCUCUACCUGCUUUAUGAAAAGAGGGCAGCCUUCUGAAAAUUAUUACAAAUAAUAGAGGAAGACAGGAAGAGCAGAGUCCUUUCUCUUAGACAGGUAGCAGUGACUCCAUUUUAAUAUUACAAGUGAGGAAAUCAAGGCACAUCAGUAUGGCCUGGAGCCACAGAAAUGUCUCUUGGAGCUGAGCCUUCCACUCUAUUUCAAUGCCACUGGCCUUUUCACAAUCUCCUUCACCUCCUACCUAUACAAUUACAAUAGACUUCAUUAGUCCCCUGUCUCCAGCUUUCCCACUCAAUCCAGCUGUCAUCCAUCAGAGAAUUUUUCCUCAAAUAGAGAACUGAUUUUAUGUAAUACCUUGCUAACAUAUCUUCAAUGAGUCCCCACAGCCUUCAAACCUAACCAAUUUUCAAGGCUUUCAUUAAUAUGCCCUGACUUGCUCUCCCAACCACAUCCUUUAUUGUAUCUCCAUCUCCCCAUGUUUCUCAUGCACCCCAGCCCACCUGGCAUAAUUUUUAGGUGGUGGUAUGGUGCCCUCCAGGCUGGUUACUUUGACUGCAUAGGUCUCAAAAGUAGCCAAUUGACUGGCACCUCAUACUGGCUAUGGGUCUCAAGCUUUCCAGGUCCAGAACUUGAUUGCCUUUUUGUACCAAGUCUAGAUCAGUCUCUUGGGGAUGCUUUAUGCUAAUCAAGCUCACAAAGGACCAAUGAGUAAAUCAAAAUGUUACUCUGUUAAUUUAUAGUGAGGACCAUAGUCAUAAGUGGGUCAAAUGCUUUUGCUAAUCAGUGCCCUCAACAGUAAUAUAGGAAGCCAAAUUAUAUGAACAUAGCCUUACGGUAAGGGAAGCUGGUAAUUUGAUUCAAAUCUUAAAAAUCUUCAGAUUAUAUUAGACUAUUGCAAUAUCUAUUAGGUUGGUGCAAAAGUGCAAAAACCACAAUUACUUUUGCACCAAUUAAUAUAAAAUAAGAUUGCAAUAAUUUCUAAAAUAAAGAUAUUUCUAUCACAAGGACUAGACAAAUUACAGUUUACAAGCUAAAGCAAAUUUAGAAUGCUAAGGAUGACUAGUUUUUCAUUAUUCUUUGCCCUCAGAUGAAUUUUUUUUUUCUCUGUCUUGGUUUCUAAAAUUUCCAGGUUCACCACCAACCCUCUCCUUACUGCCCCCAACAUAUACAAAUUUUGCCUACAUUUUUCCUCUAUGUAUGUGAAUACAUUCAUGUAGGCUAGAAAUGCCUUAUACUCUGCCGCUGGCCUGGAAAGUAGUCUUCCUACAAGGGGCCUUUGCACAUCUCUGAUCUCUUCCAUUAUGACUUGGUGCUAAUUUUUAAAUCCGACUCUCGGAGUUUAUGGGGAUCCUUGCUGGCAACUUUACCACCAACACCACCCACACACAUCCCCGACUCCUGGUCUGUGCCUGUGCCAUUUUCUCAGUCUUUAAACCCUUUUCUGUCCCCUCCACCUUUGAAAUCCUUACUUGGCAAUCACAUCCUUUUUCAAAUGCCUACUACCUCAAUUAAACUUCUACUAUCUCCCUAAGUGAAACUUUCCAAUGUAUAUGAUACAUAUUAGAAAUGAAAUCAAAGUUCCCCUUUUCUAGUCAGUUCCCCAAAUGGCUGAGCCAAUUCUGUCCUCUUCAAAUUACUCUUGCUUUUGCAAGGAUUUUUAAAUUGCUUUGGAAGUAUUCAUAUUUCCAAACUGUUUUUAACUUCUAGAAAAGUUUAGGAUAACUUGAUUGACUCUGGGGAGGCUUGAAUCCAGGAGACAUGUGGAAAUUUUGGUUAUGAUUUUAGAUAAAGCCCCUCAGCCUUCCAAGAGGUGGAAGAGCAGGCAGGGUUUCGAGAAGCUCUCUUAGCUGCCUUUCUGAAUUGCUUAGGCCCAUUAGAAGGGCUAGUCUGUACCUAGGCACGGAUUGAAAAGAAAAACCUCUCCCUUGCUUCCUACUGCUCUAAUUACCUGGUGUUUCUUCCUUUUUACCUUUCCUUGGGGGCUUUAGGGUAGUUUUGGAUAGGAGGAAAUGAAGUUCAGCAAUCGGUUUUGCAAAAGAUGCCAGUGCAUUGACAUUCUGAUGUAGGGAGAUGUAUGAAUUCUAUAAAAAUAAUUUAAACAGUCAAAGUCAACAGAGUAUGAAGGAGUAUGAGUGGGACAAGGAAUUGCUAUAUUUUAGUCAUAAGCCUUAGUACCAUUUGACUUUUUAAAAUAUAUGCAUGCAUCAUAUAAUUUUUAAUAAAAGAAUUGAUUUGUAAAGAAUUGUUUUAAAUAUUGAAUUUGAGAGUCUUUGUCAGUUCUUAGUCUAGUGAAACAAUUCAAUCAGGAUGAAAGUAGAAUAACUAACUCAGUGAUUCUCAACCCUGGAUGCUCAUUAUAAUUUCCUGGGCGACUUAAAAAAAAUCAGUGAUCAGGCCAGACACCAGACGAAUUAACCUCAGUGUGUCUGAACACAGGCUCGGGCAUCGGUAUUUAUUAAAUGUUGUCCAGGCAGGGUGCAGUGGCUGGUGCCUGUAAUACCAGAACUUUGAGAGGCUGAGGUCUGGGGGAAUCACUUGAAGCCAGGAGUUGGAGACCAGCCUGGGCAACAUAACAAGACCCCAUCUCUACAAAAAAAUUUUUUUUAAAAACUUAGUUGGGCAUGGUGGUGCAUGCUUUUAGUCCUAGCUACUCCAGAGGCCAAGGUGGGAGGAUCACUUGAGCCCAGGAGUUUGAGGCUACAGUGACCUAUGAUUACUCCACUGCACUCCAGCCUGGGUUACAGAGCAAGACUCUAUCUCUUAAAAAAAAAUCCAAAUGAUUCUAAUAUGUCACAAGGGUUGAGAACCAUUGAACCCUUCUCCUAGUCUGUUCUUUCUGUCCUCAAAAAAUGUGUGCACAUUUCUCUUCCUAUUAAGACUGUGAGCUCCUUGAGAGUAAGAGGAUGAGUCACUUACACAUCUUUAUUUCCCCUAGAGCAACUAGUACAGUGCCUCACACAGGGCAGGUGCUCAGUAAAUAUUUGCUGAAUUGUACUUGUAGCUUUUAGAAAACUAGAAUCUACAAUGAUUCAAUUCGAUAGUAUGAAUUUCUAAUGUUAGAGAUUUCAAAGAAGUCAGUGUGGAGAAUAAUCUUUAACACUGUAAUAAUGAAGAAUAAGGGAACAAUAAAGGCAACUCAAUUGUUUUUAGGCAACAGGUCAAAUUAAGGAUCUAUGAUGAUAGUUCAUUAGAUUCAAAUGUAAGAUUAGGAACUGGUGGGGACUAAGAAUAAUGGACUAACUUGGUUGUUUUAGAAUUCUCAAUGUUUUCUACAAAGUCUUAAUAUGAUGGAUAAAGCAAUUAACUAAAUGAAAUAACUAAGAUAAAAGAGAAGCUUUAGAAACUGUGAGAAGCUUCUAAAACUUACUUUUAAAAAGAACGGUAAUAUAAUAUUAUCAUGGAAGCUUCGGAAAUGGAGAAAGGCAAAAUUAAAAGUUCUUAAAUCAGGCUGGGUGCAGGGGCUCAUGCUGGUAAUCCUAGCACUUUGGGAGGCUAAGGCGGGUGAAUCACCUGAGGUCAGGAGUUCAAGACCAGCCUGACCAACAUGGAGAAACCCUGUCUCCACUAAAAAUACAAAAUUAGCUGGGCAUGGUGGCGCAUGCCUGUAAUCCCAGCUACUUGGGAGGCUGAGGCAGGAGAAUUGCUUGAACCUGGGAGGUGGAGGUUGCAGUGAGCUGAGAUUGCACCACUGCACUUCAGCCUGGGCAACAAGAGUGAAACUCUGUCUCAAAAAAAAAAAAAAAAAAAAAGUUCUUAAAUCAUCUUGUUAUCUGGGUGUAACAUUUUUUCAUUUUUGCUUAUUUAUUUCUAUUCUUUGUUGAUACGGAAAAAUAUUUUCACACAGUUAUGAUCAAGUUGGCCAUCAACUUUAUAUCGUAUAUGUGUGCUUUUUCCAUUUAAUUGUUUUGUGAGAUAUUGCUAUAGACUACAUUAUUGUUCCCAAUAUUUCCUACCUCUCUAUAUCUAUACCCUUUGUAGUUACUAACAUUAGAGGUAGAGAUAUUUUCCACCCUUAUAAUGUGGCCUUGGUCAUGUGACUUGGAAUGUUAGUAGUUCUGAUGUGCACAGAGGCUGUACAUGGACUUUCAGCAUUGGGUUUACUCUCUCGGGUUUCUGCUGUUUCCAUACACAGAAUGUACCCUGGGUGGCCCACCAGCCACUGAGAUAUGUGAAUCCAACUUGAACUCAACUCAUGGCCUGGAGCCAAGUUCCACCAGUCCUAACUAGCUUAGCCAAAAUCCAGCUGAUCUGAAAGUGCAUGAAUGAGAAAUAAAAGCUUAUUAUUUAAUGAC